AUGAACGAUCCGUCGAUCGAGUCGAACAGAGACAUCCCGGCGCAGAAGAGUAUCGGUAGAACGAGGAUCGAAUACCACGGGAGCCCUGUCGCCGCAGCGCCGCCGGCGAUCACCAACAGUCCCACUUCGGUGACGGUGUCGAAUCCCAGUCCGAACAGCAGACCGACUGGUACAUGUGCCCGGGCUUGCGAACCAUCUUCAUCACCGGGCCCAGGAUCUUUGUUGAGGGCGCCGCGGCUGUCGAGUUCUUCUCGAAAGUUGUUCCUCGUCGAAGGUUCCGGCCUUGUACUUCGUGUACACCCGAUGAAUCCCGGGAUGAGAGAGAAAAGAUUCAGGAGGCCGAUCAAGAUCAGGAAUGUUCCGGAAAUGGUUGUGCCGAACAAGCCGGGUCCACUUUUCCAGAUCGGAGUUGUCGUCGGAAAGGCUGGCGGGCAAGUUGCCGCACACCCAACGCCAGAAGUGCGACGAGAACAAAGACGAUGGUGGAGUGUCCGAGUGAAAACCAGAAACCGACGGACAUCGGUUUCUGCCGUCCGCCACCAACUUCCGAGUGGUGUUGUCGAUGGCGGCGAUGUGAUCGGCGUCGAAAGCAUGGCGUACGCCGAGCGUGUACGCCGUGACACCGAGUCCGAUGCCGAAGACACUGCCUUCGAUCGUGUAGUGGCCGGGGACAACCAGACCGAGAAGAACUGCCCACCCGACGACGUUGAGUGCAACGACGGUGACGGUCAUUCCGAUGAUGCUUCGACGCUGGCCUCGAUCCAGACUGUGCCAAGCGCCGGCGAUUCGGGUGCCCGUCGUGGUCAUUGUCGUGGACAUCGAACCUCACCGAUCUUUCAGUCGCGGCCGGCGGCCACCCUACUGAAAUCGUAUAUAAGUGUUCAACUGUUCAGA